CACCCUCGAUUACGUAAUCGACAGCGGACGGACCACGCUGCCUAUAGGUAUAGCUUAUCACUAAGCAAACCACAAACCAAUGGCAACGGAUGAUAACACCCAACUCAAAACCGAUGCCCAACUUUUGAAUGAGGCAGCAUUUAUGGUCGGAAGUAUCGAGAAAGCCUGCUGGAAUCGUUAUGGAAAUCUCCACCGAAGCCGUGUUAUUCCACAGUGUUUGACGACGAAGACAGAAUAUUCGGCUUAUCAGUUUGAAAUGUGGUAACGAAUGAAUCGGGCACGCUUAUCUUCGAUCGUGUGCUCAAUCACUGACGUACUCGCAAAUCCAGCAGAUAAUAAUAAAACGGUUAAUUUCCGGUGACUGAUGAAUGCAGGAUUUGUCGGCAUUUGCGCAUGUAACGGCAUACCAACAGGCAAGGUUCCCGAUUGUCUCAAUCGCACCGCACAUCGACUGCGACACAGGGUGACAGCUUCGCACCGGCUGCUAGUGUGUGGUGUUCUUUCAACGAGAGCUGAGCAGAGCAAGAAUCAUGGUGGUCGCUAGCAAGUGGAUUUACGCCAAGGCAUUCGAUGGGUUGCCCAACGAUGCAAACUUCAAGCUGGAGCAGGAAACGCUGCCGGAUGAGCUGGCGGAGAAUGAGUUUCUGGUAGAGGCCGAGUAUCUUAGCGUCGAUCCGUAUAUGCGUCCGUACAUGGAGCGCUAUCCGGUCGGUUCGGUGAUGAUCGGGGGCCAGGUCGGUAAGGUGACGGUGAGCCGUAACCCGGCCUUCCCGGUCGGUGCAACCGUGUUCGGUAACUUUGGCUGGCGUACGCACACCGUCGUCGAUCCGGCUCGUUACACCGGUUCAAAUACACCAUACGUGCUGCCCUCGUUCGGAAGCCACCCGCGCUCGCUCGCCCUCGGUGUGCUCGGUAUGCCGGGCAAUACGGCGUACUUUGGUUUCCUGGAGAUCUGCAAACCGCAGCCGGGCGAAACGGUGGUGGUGAGCGGUGCGGCCGGUGCCGUCGGCAGCGUCGUCGGCCAGAUCGCCAAGAUCAAGGGCUGCACCGUGAUCGGCGUGGCCGGCAGCGAGGCAAAGUGCCGGUGGCUGAAGGAGCUCGGGUUCGAUGCGACCAUCGACUACCGGGCGGUGUCGGAUUUCGGGGCAGCACUGAAGGCGGCAGCCCCGAAAGGCGUCGACUGCUACUUCGACAAUGUCGGUGGCACGAUCUCGGCCGCCGUCCUACAGCAGAUGAAUCUGUACGGGCGCAUCUCCGUGUGCGGAACCAUCUCGAACUACAACGAGCGCCGGGUACAGGUGGACGAUCCGCAGCGUGAGUUCGUCUUCAAGCAGCUGCGCCAGGAGGGCUUUAUCGUGUCGCGGUGGCACGAGCGCUGGUUGGAGGGCAUCACGCAGAACCUGCGCUGGAUCGAGGAGGGUAAACUACGAUACCAGGAAACCACCACCAACGGGUUCGCCCAAAUGCCGAAAGCAUUCGUCGAUAUGCUGACGGGUGGCAACACCGGCAAGGCUGUCGUUCAAGUGUAGGGCAAGUCGAAUGCGGACUGAACCGGAAUGAGUUCGGAAGUAUGCCGAUCAAUAAAGCGCCAUUGCAUUGCCGUUGAUACACUUUA